GCCCCUCUCUGUCCCAGCUCAAGUUAGGCGCACUGGGGAGUCUGGCACUGUUUGCCUGAGGUUGUCCUAGAACGGAGUCUUGGCUUCCCCCCAAGCCUGCCAGCCAGCCCAUCCUGGCUCUCCCACGGCUCCCACGCUUUCCCAUCCAUAAAGUCUAGUCCCCCUUCUGUGCCAAACUUUUCCCUGCCUUUCUCUCUUCACCACCACCACACACACACAACUCUACACACACACACGUAGUGCCUGCCUGCUCUCUCACAGACUCCGGCACUUAUACCCAGCACUCGCUCACCCCGCAAGCCUCCGCGUUUUCGCUGGACACCCACCCACACAACCUUUCCAAACUUGCCCACAAGAGCAGCGCUGCUGCUCUCAAAACUAAACAGCAGGCUCAUCUCGGCUACUGUCAGAGACGAGCCUCGAGUCCUCCAGUGACUUUUUAACCCACCUAGGAACUUAGGAGUGGUGGCCUAGCAUGGGCGCGGUUACUGAGUUCGACGACAGAGACCAACAUCUACUGGCUGAAACCGAAGCGUACCAUCCUUAUGAAUAUCAGGAAGAGGGCAACGGCUCUUGGGCCGGUGCCCUGCCGGUGAAGCAGGGGCUUUACGAUCCUGAACUCGAGAAAGAUGCGUGCGGUGUCGGUUUUGCAUGCCACAUUAAGGGCAAGGCAAGCCACAAGAUUGUCAGCGAUGCCCGCAACCUUCUCUGCAACAUGACCCAUCGAGGUGCGGUGGGAUCUGAUGCUCGAGACGGUGAUGGCGCUGGUGUCAUGACUUCGAUCCCCUUCAAGUUCUUCAUCAAGAACUUCGAGCGUGAUGUCGGCAUCAAACUGCCCCCUCCCGGACAGUACGCUGUUGGCAACCUGUUCUUCAACCCCGAGCCCGAGAAGCUGCAGGAGCAGCAACGGCAAUUGGAAGACAUUGCCGAGUCUCUGGGCCUUCGGAUCCUGGGAUGGCGAGAGCCUCCCACUGACCCCAGCCUGCUCGGGCCUGCUGCUCUCAGUCGCCAGCCUGUCAUUCUGCAGCCUUUCGUCGUGCUCGCGUCUUACUAUGGCUCUGGGAAUGCGCCAGAAAUGACCGACCCUGAGAAGUUCGACUUCAGGCACUUUGAAAUCCAGCUGUUCGUGCUGCGAAAGCGUGCCACGCACACCAUUGGCCUCCACAACUGGUUCUACAUUUGCUCGCUGUCCAACAAGAACAUUGUCUACAAGGGCCAGCUUGCACCUGUUCAGGUCUACCAGUACUACCAUGAUCUGGUGAACGCCGACUAUGAGGCGCACUUUGCCCUCGUACACUCUCGGUUCUCGACCAACACAUUCCCUUCGUGGGACCGUGCGCAACCUCUACGCUGGGCUGCUCAUAACGGCGAAAUCAACACCUUGCGUGGCAACAAGAACUGGAUGAGGGCUCGUGAGGGUGUGAUGCAGUCGGACGUGUUUGCGGAAGAGUUGGAGAUGCUGUAUCCUAUCGUCGAAGAUGGUGGCUCUGAUUCUGCUGCUUUUGACAAUGUGGUCGAGCUGCUCACCAUCAAUGGUGUGCUUUCCUUGCCGGAGGCUGUUAUGCUGAUGGUCCCCGAGGCGUGGCAGGAUAAUGCCCACAUGGAUCCUAAGAAGGCCGCUUUCUACGAGUGGGCCGCGUGCCAAAUGGAGCCGUGGGAUGGCCCUGCCCUUUUCACCUUUGCAGAUGGUCGCUUCUGCGGUGCUAACCUCGACCGAAACGGGCUUCGACCUUGCCGGUUUUAUGUCAUGGACGACGACCGUAUCAUCUGCGCUUCCGAGGUUGGUACCAUCAGCGUAGAGCCUGAGCGUGUGGUGCAAAAAGGUCGUCUGCAGCCCGGCCGUAUGCUGUUGGUUGACACCCAGGAAGGCCGCAUCAUUGAUGAUCGCGAGUUGAAGGAGCGAGUCUCCCAGCGACAAGACUUCCGAUCUUGGCUGGACAGUGAACUCCUGAAGCUGGACAACGUUCUCAAGCAGUCCGAGGCUGAUAAGUCUCUCGACUUGGCCGCCAAGCCUGAUUCCCAUCCUGUGCAGGAAGACCCGCUCCUGCAUGCAUUCGGAUACACUUUUGAGCAAGUCUCACUCAUCCUUGCGCCUAUGGCCGCCGAUGAGAAGGAGGCCCUUGGCUCUAUGGGCAAUGACGCUCCUCUCGCCUGUCUCUCCAAGGAGCCGCAACUGCUCGCCAACUACUUCAGACAGCUCUUCGCGCAGGUCACCAAUCCUCCCAUUGACCCUAUCCGGGAGUCGAUUGUCAUGUCUCUGGAGUGCUAUGUCGGACCUCAGGGUAACCUUUUGGAGAUAGCCCCUGAGCAAUGCGGCCGAUUGCUGCUCAAGAGCCCUAUCCUAUCUAUCCCGGAGCUCAACACACUGAAGACCAUGUCCAAGUUUUACCCUGACUGGACAGUCAAGGUCAUCGACAUCACUUUCCCCAAGAAGGACGGGAUCCAAGGCUACAUCAAGCACCUCGAUUACAUCCGUAACGAGGCCACUGAUGCCAUCGAGAAACGCAACCGUAUCAUCAUCCUGUCUGACCGCAACACAUCGGCGGACCGCAUUUCAGUCUCAACUCUCUUGGCGUCCGGCAUGGUCCACCAUCAUCUGGUCAACAACAAGUGGCGGUCAAUGGCUGCCAUCGUUGUCGAGACGGCCGAAGCACGCGAGGUCCAGCACAUGUGUGUCCUGCUUGCCUACGGCGCUGAUGGCAUCAACCCUUACCUUGCCAUGGAGUGCAUCCUGAAGCUGAACCGGGAGAAGCUCAUUCGGAAGAACAUGACGGACGAGGACCUCAUCAAGAACUACAAGCACUCUUGCGAUGGUGGAAUUCUCAAGGUCAUGAGCAAGAUGGGAAUUUCUACUCUAGCCAGUUACAAGGGCGCUCAGAUCUUCGAGGCUCUGGGUGUUCACAACUCCGUAGUGGAAUUGGCCUUCAGGGGAACCGCCUCCCGUAUUGGAGGUGUCACUCUGGAGCACAUCGCGGAGGACGCCUUCAGGUUCCACGAGCGGGGCUUCCCGUCCCGAUACACGGUCGGUGUCCCUGGCCUCACAGAGUCGGGCGAGUACCACUGGCGCGACGGCGGCGAGCCUCACAUCAACGACCCCGUCUCCAUCGCCAACAUCCAAGACGCGGUCCGCAACAAGAACGACAAGUCUUACGAGGCCUACUCGAAGUCCGAGUACGAACAGGUCAAAGCCUGCACGCUGCGAGGCAUGCUGGACUUUGAGUUCGAUGAGUCCAAGUCGAUCCCAAUCGACCAGGUUGAGCCCUGGACUGAGAUUGUCCGCCGCUUCUGCACUGGCGCCAUGUCAUACGGAUCCAUCUCUAUGGAGUCUCAUGCCACACUUGCGGUAGCUAUGAAUCGUCUCGGCGGCAAGUCCAACACUGGCGAGGGUGGAGAGGACCCUGAGCGUUCCCAAAUCGACGAGUAUGGAGACACCAGGCGGUCGGCCAUCAAGCAGGUUGCAUCUGGGCGUUUCGGCGUCACUUCUGCAUACCUGGCCGACUCGGACGAGCUCCAGAUCAAGAUGGCACAAGGCGCGAAGCCGGGAGAGGGUGGUGAAUUGCCCGGCCACAAGGUCAGCAAGAGCAUCGCAAGGACGCGUCACUCGACUCCCGGCGUCGGCCUGAUCUCGCCGCCUCCUCACCAUGAUAUCUACUCCAUCGAGGAUCUGAAGCAGCUCAUCUACGACCUCAAGUGCUCUAGCCCUCGCUCGCGAGUCUCCGUCAAGCUUGUCUCAGAGACUGGUGUCGGUAUUGUUGCCGCUGGUGUUGCCAAGGCCAAGGCCGACCACAUCCUGAUCUCUGGUCACGAUGGUGGCACCGGCGCCUCCCGAUGGACCGGUAUCAAGCAUGCUGGUCUCCCCUGGGAGCUUGGUCUGGCCGAGACUCACCAGACGCUUGUUCUGAACGACCUCCGUGGCCGUGUUGUUGUCCAAACCGACGGUCAGCUGCGAACGGGACGCGAUGUCGCCAUCGCUUGCCUGCUCGGUGCCGAGGAAUGGGGUUUCGCUACCACUCCUCUCAUCGCAAUGGGCUGUAUCAUGAUGAGAAAAUGCCACCUGAACACUUGUCCCGUUGGAAUCGCUACGCAGGACCCGAAGUUACGUGAGAAGUUCAAGGGAACUCCCGAGCACGUCAUCAACUUCUUCUACUACGUCGCCAACGAGUUGCGGGCCAUUAUGGCCAAGCUUGGCUUCAGGACCAUCAAUGAGAUGGUCGGCCACGUUGAGUGCUUGAAGGUCCGAGACGAUCUGCGCACGCACAAGACUGAGAACCUGGAUCUUGAUCUUCUGCUCACCCCAGCGCACUCGCUGCGGAGCGGUGUUGCCACGUUCAAUGUCAGGAAGCAGGAUCACCGUCUCUACGUCCGCCUGGACAACAAGCUUAUCUCUGAGGCCGAACUCACAUUGGACAAGGGACUGCCAAGCCGCAUCGAGUGUGACAUAGUCAACACAGAUCGUGCCAUGGGCACUUCGCUCUCUUACCAGAUCUCCAAGCGUUAUGGAGAGGCUGGUUUGCCGGUCGAUACGGUCCACGUUUCCAUCAAGGGAUCCGCCGGGCAGUCCUUCGGCGCUUUCCUGGCACCUGGUGUGACCCUCGAGCUGGAGGGUGACUCCAACGACUAUGUCGGUAAGGGUCUCUCGGGUGGUCGCCUUGUCAUUUACCCACCUCGCUCUGCCGUGUUCAAGGCUGAGGAGAACGUUCUGAUUGGUAACACCUGCCUGUAUGGCGCCACUGCUGGCCACUGCUACUUCCGCGGUGUUGCUGCCGAGCGGUUCGCAGUACGGAACUCAGGUGCCCACGCCGUCGUUGAGGGCGUCGGCGAUCACGGUUGCGAGUACAUGACUGGUGGCCGCGUUGUCGUCCUUGGUAGCACGGGCCGCAACUUCGCAGCUGGUAUGUCGGGUGGUAUUGCCUAUGUUCUGGACAAGGACCAUGACUUCCUUUCCAAGCUCAACACGGAGAUGGUGGAGGCUUCUGGGGUCGAUGAUCCCACCGAAAUUGCCUUCCUCCGCGGCAUGAUUGAGGACCACCACCACUACACCGGUUCCGAGCUAGCUGCUCGCAUCUUGGUUGACUUCAACCGUGUUCUGCCCCGCUUCAUCAAGGUCCUUCCAGUCGACUACAAGCGAGUCCUCAUGGAAGAUGCCGCUAAGGCUGCCGAGGCCAAGAAGGCUGAGCUCAACCUGCCCGUCAUCCCGGGCAAGAAGGAAGACAAAGCGAAAGCUGCUCCUCUACAGGAUAUGGAGGAGGCCAUCGGAGACAGCAAGGCCGACUCCAAGCGCGCACUUGUCCUCGACAAGACCAAGGGUUUCAUGAAGUACCACCGUCGUGCAGAGAAGUAUCGCGAUGUCAAGACCCGAACCAAGGACUGGGCGGAGCUUUCCUCGCGACUGGACGAGGACGAGCUCAAGUACCAAUCUGCUCGUUGCAUGGACUGUGGUGUUCCCUUCUGCCAGUCUGACACCGGUUGUCCCAUCUCGAACAUCAUUCCUAAGUGGAACGAAUUGGUCUUCCAGAAUCAGUGGCAAGACGCCCUCAACCGUCUUCUCAUGACCAACAACUUCCCAGAGUUUACCGGUCGUGUCUGCCCGGCUCCUUGCGAAGGCGCAUGUGUGCUCGGCAUCAAUGAGGACCCCGUUGGCAUCAAGUCCAUUGAGUGUGCUAUCAUUGACCGCGGCUUCGAGAUGGGCUGGAUGGUGCCCCGCCCACCUCAGGUCCGCACCGGCAAGAAGAUCGCCAUCAUCGGCUCUGGCCCUGCCGGUCUUGCUGCUGCCGAUCAACUCAACAGAGCUGGUCACCUCGUCACUGUCUACGAGCGUGCCGACAGACUGGGCGGCCUGCUUAUGUACGGUAUCCCCAACAUGAAGCUUGAUAAGCGCAUCGUCAAGCGAAGGACCGACUUCAUGGCCGCUGAGGGCGUCCAGUUCAAGACGGGCGUCAGCAUCGGCGAGGAGCUGACCCUGAAGGACCUUCGCGCUGAGAACAACGCCGUUGUGAUCGCCACUGGUGCAACAGUAGGACGUGACCUGCCUAUCGAAGGACGUAACCUCAACGGUAUCCACUUCGCUAUGGAGUUCUUGCACAAGAACACCAAGUCCCUGCUCGACUCCCAGCUGGCUGACGGAAGCUACAUCUCGGCCAAGGGCAAGCACGUUGUUGUCAUUGGCGGUGGUGACACAGGCAAUGACUGCAUCGGCACCUCUGUUCGUCACGGCGCCAAAUCUGUCGUCAACUUUGAGCUCCUGCCUCAACCACCCGAGGCCCGUGCUUCUGACAACCCUUGGCCACAGUGGCCUCGCAUUUACCGUGUUGACUAUGGUCACAGCGAGGUGCGGCAGCACACCGGCAAGGACCCUCGUGAGUACUGCAUCAAGUCUUCCAAGUUUGUCAGCGACGGCAACGGAAACGUCAAGGGCAUCGAGACGGUUCGUGUUGAGUGGAGCAAGGACGACGCCGGAAAGUGGGUCCUGAAGGAUGUCGAAGGCAGCGAGGAGUUCUUCCCUGCCGACCUCGUCCUCCUGGCUAUGGGCUUCCUGGGACCUGAGCAACGUGCGAUUGGAGACGAGGUGCAGAAGGACGCUCGGACCAACGUCAAGACGCCAUCUGGCAAGUACUCGACAAACAUUGAGGGUGUCUUCGCUGCUGGUGAUUGCCGACGUGGGCAGUCCCUCAUUGUCUGGGGCAUCAACGAGGGUCGCCAGGCAGCGCGCGAGGUUGAUUUGUACCUGGAGCAUGCUACCAACCUCCCAGUCACUGGUGGUAUCGUGAAGCACUCGGCACACGAGAUUCUCAGCUCGGUUAAGGCCGCCCCUACCGUCGCCGCUUAGACGACUCCUGACAACCACACACUCCGUCACGAUUGUACGAAAGAUCCCUCAUGUACUAGUAAUCACGACCACGCACGCACACGAAUGAGGUUACGGCUGGGCAGGGAAAAGCAGGCAGCAAGCACAGCGGGGAAAAGCGUACCGGACCGGACAAUCGCAAGCUUUUAUUAUAGGGAGGGGUAUGAGCGAAUGUUUCCUCUUCAUCUUGCUAUUUGAUACCACCUGGUGCGCAUGAAUCAUUUUGGGCGGCCAUUUGCUGUUGAUGUUGGACUGGAUACAUAUGUGACUCUUCGUGCUCGUGUUUUUUUGUUUUUGUUUUUUCUUCACCUUCUCUGUUGAUAUCUGCUCUUUGACGUGUAUUUGCAUGUAACACUGAGUUUACCUCCGUUUUAAAUAAAACCGAAGAUGUUUGAGGC